CUAUUCCCUGACAAGAUGUCGCAUCAAAAUAAAAUUAAAAAGAUGAUCAUUAAAAUCCCUCGGCAUCCCUUCAUAAUUGACCAGAGUAAUGUCAACUAUCAGGAAAAUAUCUCGCUACGCAAAUGUCGCGUCAAUUUGGAGCGCAUCAAUGGACAACAGGCACCAUCGGCUGGUGGAGGAGGAGGACUCUCAUUUCCACUAAAAGCGAAGCCAAAACGAUGUUGUGUUCGAGUUGCUCGAUUACCAAACGUAGAGCGCAACGAGUUAUCUGUGACGCCAGCCAGUUCCAUUGUCUGCUCAGACUUUGACGAUGAUUCUGCUGCUGAGUAAAAGCUGUAAUUGACACGGGACAGAGGAUUUCAAGAAGCGUCGAUUCCCCGCAUUAAAUGUAUUUAGCUGUUACUUUCAAUGUUAAGAAAUAUAUUUUUAAUAAA